AUGAAGAUAGCUAACAACAAAUGCCUAUUUGUUGCUCACCAUCCAGUGGGAUUAAAGUCUCGUGUGCAAGAUAUCAUCCAAUUGCUAAGUAGUAAAUCAAAUGAGGUUAUCAUAGCAGGGAUUUGGGGAAAGGGUGGUAUUGGCAAGACAACAAUUGCUAAAGCCAUCUAUAAUGAAGUUGGCCAAAGUUUUGAGGGAAAGUGCUUCCUUGCAAAUGUUAGGGAAGUUUGGAAGCAAGAUAAUGGUCCAGCUAACUUGCAAGAACAACUUCUUUCAAGCAUUUUAAAAUCAAGAAGGAUGACACUACCUGAAGCAGAAGCGGGAAAAACUCUGCUAAAGGAAAUCCUUUGUAAGAAAAAAGUGAUUGUUGUACUUGGUGAUGUGAACAAUGAAGACCAACUAAAAGCUCUAUGCAAAAGUCAUGAAUGGUUUGGCCAAGGUAGUAGAAUUAUCAUCACUACUAGAGAUCAACAUUUACGUAACAUCCUAAGAGUGAUUCAUGUAUAUAGUGUGAAAGAAUUAGAUGACAACAAAUCUCUUGAACUUUUUAGUUGGCAUGCAUUCAAGCAAGCAAUACCUAAACAAGUGUUCAUUGAACUUUCAAGAAGGGUAGUUUCUUCCUCUGGAGGGUUGCCCCUAGCUCUUGACAUCCUUGGCCUGUUUAUAUGA